CUCCAGGUGGCUGCCUCAUGGAGCUCUGCAUUCAGCUCAGCAUCAUCAUGUUGGGAAAGCAAUUGAUCCAGAACAACAUCUUCGAGAUCGGAGUCCCGAAGCUAAAGAAACUAUUUCGGAAGCUGAAAGAUGAGACAGAACCUGGAGAAACUGACUCUGCCCAUUCAAAGCAUCCAGAGCAGUGGGACCUAGACUACAGCUUGGAACCAUACACUGGACUGACUCCAGAGUACAUGGAAAUGAUCAUCCAGUUUGGUUUUGUCACCCUCUUUGUGGCCUCCUUUCCUCUGGCACCUGUGUUUGCCCUACUCAACAAUGUCAUUGAAGUGCGGCUUGAUGCAAAGAAGUUUGUUACAGAGCUGAGACGGCCAGAUGCUGUGAGAACCAAAGAUAUUGGGAUCUGGUUUGACAUUCUCUCCGGAAUCGGCAAGUUCUCUGUUAUCAUCAAUGCUUUUGUCAUUGCUGUCACCUCCGACUUUAUCCCACGUCUUGUGUACCAGUACACCUAUAGUCACAACGGGACUCUGCACGGCUUUGUCAACCACACCCUCUCCUUCUUCAACGUCAGCCAGCUGAAGGAGGGAACGCAGCCAGAAAACUCACAGUUUGACCAGGAGGUUCGGUUCUGCAGGUUUAAGGAUUACCGAGAGCCACCAUGGGCCCCGAACCCAUAUGAGUUUUCCAAACAGUACUGGUCCGUUCUGUCUGCCCGUUUGGCAUUUGUCAUCAUCUUCCAGAACCUUGUGAUGUUCCUGAGUGUCCUUGUGGACUGGAUGAUCCCAGAUAUCCCCACGGACAUCAGCGACCAGAUCAAGAAAGAGAAGAGCUUGUUGGUUGACUUCUUCCUGAAAGAGGAGCAUGAGAAACUCAAGCUGAUGGACGAGCCGGCCCAGAGGAGCCAGGGAGAGGGGCAUCAGAGCAGGAGGAGCCGGGCCGCCAGCUCGGCACCCUCGGGCCGGAGCCAGCUGGGUAGCAUCGCGUCCUCUGGUUCUCAGCACACCAACGUGUGAGCGAGCCAGCCCCACUGCCGAGGGGGCGCUGCAGCAGUGAGAGACCACGCACAAGCACGUCAGUGCACCCACACCGGUGCCGUGUCCGACCGUCAGCCUGGAUCUGGCCCAAGGGGGUCUUGAAGAGGGUGUGUGUGUGAAGAGAGAGACACAGAGAAAUUAGAGAGUACGAGCGAGAGAAUGAGCGCAGGAUGGAAGAGAAAUGAUGCUGCUUCUCAAAAACUUGAAGCUUAAGUUUCUUGUAGGUCCUCUUUUGAGCUAUAUCCUUUUGGGAGAUUGGUACCCUUUUUGAGUCCAUCACUCUCUACCCCGGAGUUCCCAGGCACCAGGAGCCUUCCCUAUGUCCCCUCAAGUACCCUCUCAUUUCAGAUGGCCACAGGCUAUGAGAGAGCCCUGUUCUGGCACCCAUUGUAAGUGAUCGCCGCUCCCUUCCUGCCACUACCCAGAGAAAACCCUCUGAUUACUUGCUGCUGGGGCUGUCACAGCCUCAGUGGAUGCACAUUAAGUUACAGGGCUGGUUGCUGUGACCCGAGGGUGAGUAGCAAAGGUCCCAACCUAGGCUGGUCUCCAGUUCAUGUCAUGGGGAUGCUUUGAGCUAAAUGCAACUAACCGUCAUUUUA